CUUUUGCAUAGGGGUCUGGUUGAGACACAAGACAAGGCUGCCUUGGACUAUCACCAUCUCCCUGUUCUGCACAGAGACGAAUAAAUUGCAUUGCAACUUCUUUGAGCUGAUCAUCAUGGCUCAUUGAGGUCCAUUGGAUUCUCACUAUGGCCAAAGAUGGGAACGAAACAGAGAAGCUGCUGGAGAAGAUCCAGGAAUUGGAAGAGACUGUGCAAAGACUGGAAGAAAGGCUUCUGAACAGUAAGGAGAACCCAGUCACAGCAACUAGCCUACCAACAUCAGGAAAAACCAAGAAGCUUAAGCAGCGGCCAUUUGAUUUUAGUGCUUAUGGGCAAAGACAUGUGGCACUGAAAAUAGCCUACCUGGGUUGGGGAUACCAGGGCUUUGCUAGCCAGGAGAACACCAACAAUACCAUUGAAGAAAAGCUCUUUGAGGCUCUUUGCAAAACUCGGCUGGUUGAGAAUAGGCAAACCUCCAACUAUCACCGUUGUGGGCGCACAGAUAAAGGAGUCAGUGCCUUUGGACAGGUGAUUUCCUUGGAUCUCCGCUCAAAUCUUUCUGAGAAUAAACCUGGAGAUACUACAAACAACAAAGCAACCAAGACUUCAGAAAUCUUCUAUACCCACAUCUUGAAUCAAGUUCUCCCUCCUGACAUACGGAUACUGGCUUGGGCCCCAGUAGAACCCAGCUUCAGUGCUAGAUUUAACUGCUUGAAGAGAACCUAUCGCUAUUUUUUCCCUCGUGCUGAUCUUGAUGUCGUUCUCAUGAACAGGGCAGCUGAAAAGUUUCUGGGAACCCACGAUUUUCGCAACCUGUGCAAAAUGGACGUAGCGAAUGGUGUCACUAGGUUUCAUAGAACAAUUCUUGCUGCAAGUGUGCAACCUGUGGAGAGGGACGAUGAGACUGAGCAACAAAACCCUUUCCAGAUGUACUACUUUGAAGUGACAGGGCAAGCAUUCCUGUAUCACCAGGUCCGUUGCAUGGUGGCUAUUCUGUUUCUGAUUGGGCAAAGGAUGGAGAAGCCAGAGCUUAUUGAUGAGUUGCUGGAUAUAGAGAGCAACCCUAGAAAACCACAGUACAGCAUGGCAGCUGAGUUCCCUUUGGUUCUGUAUAACUGUGAGUUUGAAAACAUCCAAUGGCUCUAUGAUUGCAAGGUCCAGGAAUUUAAUGUUACUCACCUACAACAGCUUUGGACCAAUCAUGCUGUUAAAACCCACAUCUUGUACAGCAUGUUAAGAGGGCUAGACUUUGUCAAGAUACCUACAGAGACAGGUUCAGGAAACGACGCAACGGUUCUUUGGAGAGAGAUGACGCCCCCAGUUCACAAUCAAAUCAGUGCUUUGAUCGAAGGAGCAAAAGCUCGCAACUACAAACCAUUAAUGGACCGCCCCAAAUGUGAAGGUUUGGAAUCUCGCAUUAGCCAUUUUGUGCGAAGGGGGCGCAUCGAACCUCCGCACUUGAAGAAAACAAAGCAUGCUGAAAGGGAAGAAGAGGAACGGAUGGAAACUAAGAGGGACGCCGUAGUGGCAGAUGGAAAUGUUCCAGAGCAAGCUUCAAAGAGGGUUUGCACAAGUAUAGACGGCGCUUUCUAGCUCACUUCUGCCUGUUUCGUUUUUUAAAGAGAUUUCUUUUUUAAAGAAUGCAAGCAUUUCACUAAGUAUUUUUCAUUAAAAAUAUUAUAAA